ACAAUAUGGCGACCUACAUGGAUCAAUUAGAAUAGAAUAUUUAUUCAUUGUCGUUUAGAUCUACAACGUCUUAAAAUGCACUUAAAAUAUCCACACUCGAAAAAGUUUUUCACUUGGGAAGAGUUGAGUUGCCUUACCAGUGCUCUGGGGUAUCCCAACGGAACUCUUCGGAAAUGUAUUCCCGACGAUCACAUAAUCAGAAAGGAUGGCGUAAGCUAUCGGGAGAUUUUGAAGCUCAUAGAUCUCAAGUACUUCAAUGAAUCGCUCCAUCUCUCUGUCAACAUGCACACGGCUGAUUACAACAUCAACGUCCUGAGAAAAAGCAUGAACUUGCUCAACCAUAGGUUCCUGACUUUUGAUGAGCUAAGUGAUGUGCGGGUUGCCUUCCAAGUCUACGAGGCAGGAGAUAUGAAAGGAAUGAUCAUAGAUAAACACACGCUCAUGAGAACACUUAAGCUAUGUGGACGCACUAUAGCACCUCUGAAGCUGAUGCAUCGAGUCAAACACAUGGAGGAGAGGUUGGAUGAACCUGGUCGUAUCCAGUUCUACGAGUUUCUGGACCUGAUUGUGCUAUGUUCUCUAACCAAAGAUGUUGUUGUACCUGAUCCUAAAGUAGGACCAAUGGACAAAACAUGGAGGAAAUUGUUUGAGCUUGAUGAUCUCCAACGAGUUUUCUCCACAAAGGAUGAAAAGCUAGAAGACCAUCUCAACAAGCAGUUCAUUGGAACCGAGCGCAACUAUGGACAUGAGAUCCUUGGUAGCAAACGCAUACCGCGGGAAUCAUCCGUAGAUCCAAGUCUCCGGAAGUCUCAGGUGAGAUACCAUUCCCGUCGCUACCGAGAGCUGAAGGGAUCCCUCAACAAAUCUACCGGUCACGUCCAGAACACCAAGGCCGGCCACGUCAGGGCGAGACCGGUAUCGGCCCCAGGUGUUGAACAGUUCCGGGUCCCUGCCACGCCUCCACCGAUGUUUGACAUGCGCCCCCAUACUGUAGCUGAGUCCGAUCUAGAUACAGCCAGGAAUGUGGAUCCGAGGAUAAGGCUGCUUCAAGAAAUUCAUGACAGAAAAACCCUGCACUCUGCUCCCUCCAGCGUCCACACCUCAGGUCAGAGGUUCAAACCCCCACCAGGCAUGCUUCCCUCAGCCUUCCCUGGAGCCAGGCCCGAUGGGGAUAAUGAGAAUGUGUUACCAUGGAAACAGAAGACAAAGCAACAUAAGAGGACGGAGAAGAUUGUCGUAACGGAGGAUAACGUGAAAGAGAGACAACAUAUACUCGACAGUCUCCAGUACGAGAUACAAACUCUGGAGGAACGCACUAUGCAGAGCCUGCAUUCCCAGCUGGAGAAACUCCUACCUCAUCACACUUUCAAGAGUGCUGCAGUCAAGCGCCAAGAAGCCGAUGAAAUUGAGAGAGCCAGAGUCGCUAGAAUUGAAGAAGAGAGGACAAGAAGAAGGAAUAAAAGAGAGGCCAAGAAAGCGGCUGUUGAGUCGCUUGAGAAGUUGGUGAACCCUAAUCCCAGAGCUUUCCACGUACUUCACGAUCGCAACUGCGACGCAAGGAGCCAGGCCUUCUCCGGGACACGCCACGACCGUCGAACCCCGCUUGCAAAAUCAACUGCAAAACCACUAGUGUUACUCGAUGGGCAGAAGCUGGGGAAUGAGAGUGAAGUGUCAAUCCGCCUGGACAAGAAUACUCUAACUGGGGAUAAUAUGAGCUCAACGGGUAGUAUCGAUACAGCAAGCAGUGUCACGCAGACUACAGACAUCUUGCAGCAUGCAGGCUUCCUCACACAGCUACGCCAGAGCAGGCAAGCUAGUCACACCCCGUAUGAUCCAACAAAGUUCCGGGAGUCCAGGAUGGGUACAGUCGCUGUCCUCCAUGACUACUUCCACAACAGUGAGACAGCUAGCGAGGAUGUUGAUGAAGGCAUCGAUACGAUGCCUGCCAGUACAGACAAGGUGGAGAGCCGGGAGGACGAGACCGAUCUGCGCAAAGGAUGGCUCUCAGAGCCUCGCAAAGGAUCGGUGAACUCUGAAGAAGGGAAGACGAAAUCGCGGAAGCCGGCCAGUCGGAAGUCCCGCUCGCCCUUGGCUCAGAGCCUGCAGUUUGAGCGCACCAAGCUGACAAGGAAGAUCACCGUGGGUGAAGAGGACGAACUGUUCCUUCAUGGGUAUCCUCUGAGUGAGAUUGACAGGUUGACCUUUAAGAGUGGUGAUGAACAGCUCACAGGUUCAAACGUCCUUAGUGAUAGCCUGUCGGACAUGAACAGCAAGGAUGGAGAGUAAUGCCUUGUAUAGGCACCAAAUCCCACCUGAUGAUAUGCGAGCAAUAGUCUCGUAAUCCGGUGACCCGGGUUCGAAACCAAGUCAAUGCGCUUAGUGCUCUUUGAUAAGGCAUUAAUCCUCAUUACCAGGUACCUCGGAGAGGACCU